AUGGUGCCUGUCAUUCGAGUGGUAAGGAGUCAGAAUGGCUGGAGUGUGAGUUACACUUCUACUGAGAUCUGUGCCUUCAGAGGAUUAACAGUGGACAUUACCUGUACCUACAAAUACCCAUCCUGGUUGAAUCACCGUGUUAAUACAGUCCAGAAAACUUUCUGGUUCAUUAAAGUGAGUAAUGGGAAUUACGUUGAUCUAAAGACUGAUACGGAGUAUUCAGGUCGUGUGGAGAAUCUCUGUGGAAACAACAAGUGCACUCUGAGAAUCUCUAACCUGAGAGAAAGCGACUCAGCUGUGUACAAGUUCAGGUUCACAACAAACCAACCUGGAGGGAGUUUUUAUGGUCCAGCUGGAAUCACUCUGUCUGUCACAGACCCUCAGCUCCAGGUACAUGUGAGGAGAUCAACAGCCAAUCCAUCUUCUACCUGGACAGAGCUGACCUGUCACAGCAGGUGUCAGCUCCCUGAUCAUCUUUCCUACGUUUGGUACAAUAACAAUAAACCUGUUGGAUGGGAAAAUUACUUUCAGCUCCGACACUUUAAUGCUGAAGACAGAUAUCACUGUGCUAUAGAAGGACAGGAGCGUUUCCCUUCUCCUACAUUGUAUGCUCCAAAGCCUCCCUCUGUGUCAGUGAGUCCCUCUGGUGAGAUCAUGGAGGGCAGCUCUGUGACUCUGACCUGCAGCAGUGAUGCUAACCCAGCAGCUAAAUACACCUGGUACAAGAGAAGUGGAGAUAAACAAGUUCAACGUCUCAGUGAAGAGACACAAUUUGUCCUCAGCUCCAUCCGGUCGUCAGACUCUGGAGAGUAUUACUGCACAGCUGAGAAUGAGCUGGGGAAGACGGCGUCUGAACGAGUCUUAAUAAAUGUGAAAUAUGCUCCACAGUCCUCCUCUGUGUCAGUGAGUCCCUCUGGUGAGAUCAUGGAGGGCAGCUCGGUGACUCUGACCUGCAGCAGUGAUGCUAACCCAGCAGCUCACUACACCUGGUACAAGGAGAACCGAGCUCUGCUUCAAGGACCAGAGAACGUUUAUCAUCUCUCCUCCAUCAUCUCUGGGGACAGCGGGGUCUACUCCUGCAAGUCAGAGAAUCAAUACGGACAGAUCAGCUCCACGUCUCUACACUUAGACGUCCAGUAUGCUCCAAAGCCUCCCUCUGUGUCAGUGAGUUCCUCUGGUGAGAUCAUGGAGGGCAGCUCGGUGACUCUGACCUGCAGCAGUGAUGCUAACCCAGCAGCUAACUACACCUGGUACAAGAGAAGUGGAGAUAAACAAGUACAUCUACAUUUACAGGAAACUCAGCUGGUUUUCAGCUCCAUCCUGUUGUCUGACUCUGGAGAAUAUUACUGCACAGCUGAGAAUGCUCUGGGGAAGACAGCGUCUAAACGUGUCUUAAUAAAUGUGAAAUAUGCUCCAAAGCCUCCCUCUGUGUCAGUGAGUCCCUCUGGUGAGAUCAUGGAGGGCAGCUCGGUGACUCUGACCUGCAGCAGUGAUGCUAACCCAGCAGCUAACUACACCUGGUACAAGGAGAACCGAGCUCUGCUUCAAGGACCAGAGGGCGUUUAUCAUCUCUCCUCCAUCAGCUCUGGGGACAGCGGGGUCUACUGCUGCAAGUCUGAGAAUCAGUACGGACUCAACUCCACGUCUCUACACUUAGACGUCCAGUAUGCUCCAAAGCCUCCCUCUGUGUCAGUGAGUUCCUCUGGUGAGAUCAUGGAGGGCAGCUCGGUGACUCUGACCUGCAGCAGUGAUGCUAACCCAGCAGCUAACUACACCUGGUACAAGAGAAGUGGAGAUAAACAAGUUCAACCAAAAGCAUCAGGACAAAACUUCACCAUCACUGAUAUCACAGCUGAACAUGGUGGAAAGUAUCAGUGUGAGGCCCAGAACACACACGGACGUAGUAACACCACCUUACAUCUGACUGUUGGAGCAGUUUCUCCAGGUGCUUGGAAAUCAGCAGUGACUGGAACAACCACAGCUCUUCUCCUGGUGGUCGUCCUCCUCGCUGUCUUCCUGUGGAUCAGAAGAAACAAGUCCUUCACACAACAGCGUGAGUGCGGUGAGAGACCAGAAGACAGAGUGCAGAUUCCAGCUGCGGCACACACACGACCAGCAGAGCCACACGAUGACGUCCACUACGCCAGCGUCUGCUUCACCCAGAACCCGGCAGACGCCAUCUACUGCAACAUAGGUCGAGUUCAACCCCAGAGAGAAACUGAUGAAGACGAGGAGGAGGAGGCUGAGUACAGCGCUGUUCGAUUUGACAGUGCAACAAGAACAAGACGUGAAGAAGAGGGAGACGAUCCAUCUGCAGUGUACAGCACAGUCACCAAACACUGAAGAAACACAACAUGAAUCCGUUGUUUAUACGUGGAUUUUACUGCAUCACGGAACCAGAAGAAAUAAAAC